AUGAAACUCACGAUACUUAUCCAUCCAGGAUUUGCGUUCCUGCUUACACAGAGUUUCAUUGUAGGCAGCAAUAAACAAAAGCCACAACAUCCCAAGCACAUUAUUGGACUGUUUGUGGGGCUUGGAAAGCCCAAAUUUGUUCCCGCGAGACUGGCAAUCCUAUUGACAGAAUUUUCCUUCUCUCCGCCUGCCUCUGGAGCGCAAGUGACGUACGCAGGUAAGUGCGCACUACGCAAUGUGGCCGGCCCGGACCGAGUCGGGCGAACAAAGUCCCUCGCGAACAGUGAAAGACAAAGUGGGCCCCAGUACCCCGUACGACAGAUCGGAUGUUCGGCGGUCUGCGAGCAGCAUACCGUAGUUCUCUUUGGGACCAAGGAAAUACCCACAGGCUGUGUCAUGGGCAAGGAAGCGCUGCGGUCAAGCCCAGCUAUGGUCUUUCACGCCUCCGGGUGUCUAACACAUCCCCGUUGGAACUCUAACCCCAGAGCUUCCACCGAGACGUCCAAGAGCGCCUCCACCUUCACCACCGCCAAACCGACUGCCCAGGCCGCCCCCGCGUCCUCCCUUUCCCAGCCCGCCUCAGCCGCCGAGGCCACCGCCGUCCCCGCCCAGCCCGAGGCCGGGAGCAAAUGGUUUCAGAGCUCCAAGUCCCCCGCCGGCUCCACCCAGGCCCAGACCUCCUAG